UUACUAUACCAAUUGGUACUACCGGAUUCAAGGUACACGCAUUAUCAGAAGAACCGCGUCGAACCUUGGUGAUCUUGUAAAAUUUUUCUUUUUCCUAUCGUUUAUUAAUUCAAUUGAUAUUAAAUUCCUCUCUUUUCGAAUGCUCACGACAAACUAGAAUGGUUUUGGAAAAGAAACUUGCUGACGACGGACCUAGUACGGUAACACCUUGGUCAAUAUUGUUAAAAAGAGAAAAUCAUAUUGUAAAUCAAGAAACUCUCAUUUCUUCUGAAGAUGCAGGAUCUUUAGAAGCGAUUAAGAAAUCCGGUCUUUGUUAUGAUCCACGGAUGCGAUUUCAUGCAACUCUGAAUGAAGUAGAUGAUCACCCAGAAGACCCUAGACGUGUGCUUCGUGUCUUUGAAGCAAUUAGAAAGGCUGGUUACGUUUCUAAUACUCCAAGUCCUGCUGAUGCUUUUCUUCGCCUUCCAUCAAGGGAAGCUACUUUGGAAGAGUUAUUAAGGGUACAUACGCCAGAAAUGUAUGAGAAAAUUAUAAAAACCGAAUUAAUGUCCAGAGAGGAUCUUGCAAACCUUGAAAAGAUUAGUGACUCCUUGUACUUCAAUAAUGAGAGUGCUUUUUGCGCACGACUAGCUUGUGGAAGUGCCAUUGAAACUUGUGCUGCUGUCGUUACAGGAAAAGUAAAAAAUGCGUUUGCCGUUGUUCGUCCUCCUGGUCAUCAUGCGGAACCUCAUAAACCUGGUGGCUUUUGCCUAUUUAACAAUGUCUCUGUCGCUGCUAGGAGCAUGCUUCAACGAUAUCCUGACAAAGUAAAAAGAAUUCUAAUUGUUGAUUGGGAUGUGCAUCAUGGUAAUGGUACUCAAAUGGCUUUCUAUGAUGAUCCAAAUGUAUUGUAUAUUUCUCUUCACCGUUAUGAACAGGGAAGAUUUUAUCCUGGUACAGUAUAUGGUUGUGCAGAAAAUUGUGGUGAAGGUGCAGGCUUAGGCCGUACUGUCAAUAUUCCAUGGCCAUGCUCAGGCAUGGGUGAUGGUGAUUAUAUCUAUGCCUUCCAACGCGUUGUUAUGCCGAUUGCUUAUGAGUUUCAACCUGAUUUGGUGAUCAUUAGUUCUGGCUUUGAUGCUGCAGCUGGUGAUCAUAUUGGCCAGUGCUUAGUGACACCGGCAGCUUAUGCUCAUAUGACCCAAAUGUUAAUGGGAUUGGCAGAUGGGAAAGUUUUCGCUUCUUUAGAAGGAGGAUAUAGUUUGGAUGCUAUAAGUGUUUCUGCUUUAGCAGUAGCACAAAGUUUGAUUGGGUUACCCCCUGGUCGAUUGCAUAUGGUUUACGCAUCACGGCAUGCAGUCGAAACAGUAGAUAAGGUUACAGAAAUACAGUCCCAGUUCUGGAGAUGCAUGCGACCCAAAUAUAUAUCGGCCAAUCCUGAAAAUGCUCAUGUUAGCAGACUUCACGAUAUUAUACGAUCGUAUCAGGCAAAAAAGCUUUUCGAAGACUGGAAAAUAACUAAUCUUCCAAUUCUUCGUGAUUCCCUUUCUGAAACAUUUGCCAAUCAGACUUUAUGUUCAAAUGAUUUUUUUCAAAAAGAUGUCUUGGUUGUACUUAUCCAUGAAGCACCCCUUGUUUUGGGGGAUGGUAAAAAAGAUACAAAUGCUUUGAGUACAUCUGAUUCGCUUUUAGUAGAUCCUGGCAGUCUGUACAUAGAAUGGGCUAUGCAACAAAACUUCGGACUGAUAGACAUCAACAUACCUGAGGUGGUAACUGGUGAGAAUAAACCAUACAAUAUGCAUGAAGAAACGAAAAAAUUAUGUACAUAUAUUUGGGAUAACUAUAUUGAGCUUACAUCUGCUAGAAAUGUUUUCUUUGUUGCAUCCGGGAAAGCAGUCGAAGGGAUUAUUCACUUAAUCGCUUCACGUAAUGUGACGAAGACAGUCCGUUGUAUUGUUAAUUUUUUUGGCUCAGAACCACUUACAGGAUUAAAGACUGCAUCUGAAGAUGAUUUACCGGGCUGGUACUUUCGACACUCUCUAGUUUUUGUUCGUUCUUCGGACGACUGCUGGAAAAAGCCUAAAAAGAACAAAAGAAGAUAUGGUCGUUUGAUGCAAAGUGAGCAUGAUUCUGCAACAAACAUGCUAGAACAUCAUUACCGGGCGGUAACUCAGUACUUUACACAUUUGUUGAAAAAAAAUGAUUCAUCAUGAUAGAAUACCAAGAAAUAAUUGGGAUUUUUAUUGAAGAUUUGUUACGGAUGACAUGCAUAGUCCUGUCAGUAUACCAUUUCGGAGACCAAUAAUUUGUCUCUUAAUUUCUGGAUUCAAGAUAAACAUAUGCUACAUGCGAUUUGAAAACUCGUGAGAAAUGAUUACGAUUAUUAAGAUGACAGUGGAAUCUUCAUUGUUUAAUUACCCAAUACCUAAUUUGUUAUACCGCAUACACUUGAGUUCCCUUCAAUGGUCUUUGCUUUACACCAAUCUUUUUUGAUCCGAUUGAUAUUUCGAAGAGAUUUCGAGAAAUUGGAAUUUUUGGAAAGCUUAUUUUAAAAGCACAUUUCGUUGGCAUGUUUGGUCAUAAUAGAGCUUAUGUACUUUCGUUUCACCGAGCCAUGAAUAUCCUAUGUAUAUACUACAAUCAACUUUACUGGAAACAAUUGUCGAG